AUGGAGAUCAGGUCAAACUCCUCGGUCACACUCACCCAGGCCCGCACAUGGAAACUAUCCUUCACGGUCAUGUCGUUGUACACAAUCUGGGCAAGGGUGGUUUUGCCAAUUCCGCCCAUCCCGACUAUCGGGAUCACCGAAACAUCGUCGUGGCAGACCUCAUUGCCUAGCAACAUUCCGUACACGUGGGACUCGUUCACUAGGGAUGUGCUCGGCUGUCUAUUCUCGGCGGUUAUUGGUUUCCUUUAUUCUGGACAUGAGGCGGUAAUUGGAGACAAGGGCGCCUGGCAUGUAGCUAGAGCAAGUGGGGAUGAAUCUGCAGACUCUGCUCCUUCGUUUGCAGUUUUGGGCCUGUUCCUGCGAGUCCUGGACCAGGGCCCGGGUCGUGAUCUCUUCCAGAAGGUCAUCCAGAUCUCGCGGAGGGACUCCAGCCACAGUUUCACGGAUUUCUCGGUGAGUUGCUUCUCCUCAGCAUCAUCUAGGACUGCCUGGAUGUUGGACAGGCUCUGGCUUAGCUUCUUGAAAUGGCUCUUGACUUUUUCUCGGCGGGCCAGGGCCAUGGUUCUGGGAUUGAUGGAAGAAUCACCAAAAAGGCCUCUUCACAUAAAAAGAAAAAACAAAAAAAGGAACAGUAUCAGAGAUAUUGCUAUUCCUUGUUUUCCUAAGCUUACUAAGUGA